AUGGUAGCAAUAGUGCUUUGGGUUGUAGCUUCUGAAGUUAUUCCUGAACCAUUGCUUCCCAGUGAGGAUGGAGAAGAGUGGAUUUGCCGAUUCACAAGCUGUUUCACGUGGGCCCCGGCCUUCAAAGCUUGCGGCUUGACCUUCUUAUCCAAAAAUGGCUGGACUUGGUCGUUUAUGAAACCUGGUCUCACCUCGUCGUCCAGAAUAAGCCCCAUGUUCUUCUUGCCCACGCGUUCCAAAUGCUUUUCGAGCAAUAAAAAGUUUCUCAGGUUGGCCUUGUAUCCUACUUCAACAAUGUCUCCCACGAAAGGAAUAAGAGAAAGUAAAAAAUCCACGACAAUGUUGAAGAGAAAAAUAAGCUGGAUGUCAAGAGGAAGCCCGUCAGUAAUUUGGCGUGCAGUGUAUAAGAUCUUCAAAGACCAGAAGGUUGUCACGAUUGAACCAAGGAUCGGAACGAGUCCCACUAUACUCGAUAAGCCAAAACGCAAGCCCAAAGCGUUAAACCACAUGUCACAUCUGUACGCCUGGCUUUUCACACUCAGCAAAAUCUGA